CCAUUUUACCUCAUGCACUCGGACCCUUAAAAAUGUAACACAUUUCCUGUUCGUGGUACGAAAUGUUGCCGAAAGGACAUGUUAUGAAACCGUCCUGAAGCUCUUGAAAUCUUAACACACUUCAAAGGAUGACAUCGACUCCAUCCCCUCACAACCGGAGCAGGAGUGAGGAAGAAGAUGAUCCAGUGGACGGGAUGAUCUCCAGGACAGGCUGUGCUCAGCUGCACUAUGCUCUACAGGACUGUAUGGCUGAGCACCAGGACUGGAGGAAAUGUCAGACUGAGGUUCAGAAGUUUAAGGAGUGCAUGACCACCUACCAGAAAACUCGCAAAGAGCAGCUCCUGAAACAGAGGACUUCUGCCACACAAUCUGCCUGACACACAGGCCUCUGAGACAGUGCUACACAAUAAAACAUUAUCUCGCUUUCCUGAAAAAAAAAAAGGUGUAGUGUGAAGAUUGUCUUUCAAAAGUGCAUUGAAAUUUUUCAUGAUAUAUGAAAGGUGUGAUUGUGUAGUACGUUUUUAAUGUAUGUUUAUUUGCUUAAAAAACACGGUUACUACACUUUUACUUUAAUAAAACCAUGGUUAAUUUUCGUAA